UCCUGUUGCUAGUUUCAACGGGUGAACCGGCGAUCAUGGCGCUUGUGGUUGUGGCUGUGCGAGGUCUUCUGGGGCUAUUCUUUAUGCUGAUGGGAGGCAUGAAGUUGACGGAUCGGAUCUCCCCCAAGCUGUAUGCAGAGGCGGUAGAUGAGUUUGAGAAGUUUGCUGAUGUGUUCCCAUUAAACGACAUGGGUAUCAAGUUAGACCCCAUGCAAUAUCUACUUAUGGUGGGCUGGAUCGAAUUGAUUGGAGGUUUGCUGCUGGCGUUUGGGACUAAGAUCCUGCAGGAAAUCAGUAAUAUUAUCCUUUCAAUCAUUAUGAUGGGUGCCAUCUAUUCCCAGCUGGUGCUGAAGAAACCCCUUUACAUGUGCAUACCAGCUAGUGUCUGUCUUGGCUUACUGCUGCUCCUUCUCUUUGUGUGGGGAAGAGACAAAGAAAAACAGAAGGAAGAGUAACCAACAUCCUGCUCAGUUUCGGGUGCUGUGGACCAGUUUGGGUCUUGCACAGCAUCAGAAUAUUUUAAAAGCAAAAGGAAAGUCUGUACACCACGGCGGCUGAAGGGGAUUAAUACAGUGCUUUGAUCAAAAUUCAGUAGGUCAGCUGGGAAUAAGCAGGGAAUAUUGUCUAUCGAAUAUUUAAUGGAAUCAUGAAGCGCUAAAUAGCUUUCUUGCAAUGCGUAUGGCUGAGGGGUUGAGGUCUGAAAGAGAAAGGGACAUUCAGCUGCUGAAUGUCUAAGUUUACCAUUUGGCAGGAUUGGUGAUACUAGAUGUAGGCAUCGCUGGCCUGUGCUUUAUGUUACCAGAUUUCAGUUGGUAAAUUCAUUUGUUUAUUUUCUUUAUAUGAAAUAUUUGCAAAAUAAUUUUCUGGGAAUAUUCUAAUAUGGAAUGAUCAUGGUAAAAAUUUGGAAACUAGAGGCAAUCAAAAGUAUUUCUAAAUGGUGCAAUAAUCUUGAAUAAUGGUCUGUUUUUGACUUGAUUUAAUUGUGUUCAAAUGCCAUUACAUUUGUCAAACAAUUAAUUAUAUGACCACUCUGACAGUCGGGAAAUGGUACAACAUUUCACAUUUUUAAGUGUUAAUAGAGGAAACAUAUAGGGUGGAAUUUAAUGUUUGUGUUGGGAGUCUAGCCCACUGGCGGGAGUCCAUUGUUACAUCCGUUGGGAAGGCCUGUCGUAUUAAGUAUUCAUCAGGAACUUCAGUGGUUAGCGUCGGGAUUAAAGACCCCAGAGGUGAAAAUCCCGCCUCCUGACGCUUGCUGGCCAAUCAGUGGCUGGAGGCUCUCCAUUGCCAUCAGUGCCACCAGGAGCAGUGGCAGCUGCCAAUAAUGCACCCAUCAGAGGACUAGAAUCAAUGAGGGUCCCCAGGUUCAAAGGUGAGUGAAGGUGGAAUGGAAGUCAUGUGGUCAGGAUCUUGGGAGGGGUAGAGAGUGGGUAGGAGGGAAGGAGGAAGCCCCCUUCCCUUCCUGAUGCCACGUCCUUUGAUCUGCCACUGAGUGCCUUUGAAUGAGGGCCCCCCACCCCAGGGCCCCCACAACCAAAGCUACUCCUCCUGCCCCAGACUUAAUUGAGUGGAGAUGGGGAGGUGCCAAGGUUCUCCCCCCCACCCCCGACACUCUCCUGCCUGAUUAAAUGCCCCCCCCUCUCUGAUACCAUCACUGGGGAGGGACAUUAAAUUCUGCCCAUAGUUCAUUGUAUUAACAUAGUUCUGUUAACCUGUGAUGAAAAAUUCUUGGGAGGUGUGGAGGAGGAUUGAACAUGCACUUCACUGCAAACCUCCCACUUUGUGCAGUGUUGGGAUUGUAAACUGUGCUAAUUCUAAUGCAGUUAUAAUAAUAAUGGUGAUAGUUAAUUUGUUUAAACCAUAGCACUCAAGACUAUAUUGUGUUUGAAUUUUCAUUGCCUUGCUGAUGCUCCUGACACUUUGAUUCAUGCUUCUAGCACUUUUUUUUUCGCUGAGAGAUAGAAUGUGUUGUUAAAGUUGAAAUAUUCAAUAAGGGAAUAGCACCUCCCUUUCUAUCUUAGUGUAUUCUACUGAUCCACUUUAGUGUUUAAUCACUUAUCGUCUGAGUAUGUAUCUCUGAUAUGUUCUUCAGUUCUGCGUAACCCUCUACCUGCUGAAGCUGUGCUUACUGUAUUAUUUUGCAUUUUGAGAAUCGAAUAAAAAGAUUGCUUUAAAACGGUAA